UUUUGAUAUGUGUCAGAGCUGACAGAUAGACGAGGAACAUGAGAGAGCACAAGAGACGAUCAGGGAGAAGGAGAUAGAGAAACAGAUGGAGGAGUGUAGACUGUAGAGAUCAGGGAAAAUUAGGAAGGACAAACAGCUGACGAAUACAAAUUAGAGAACGAAGAGAAAUAUCUCAAGGAUAACGUGACUAGUUUUUUUUCCUCUCUGUUUUCUGUCCUUUCCAUCCUGCAGAACUCCAGGAACAGAUCCUCAUCAUCUUCAUCAUCUUCAUCAUCAUCAUGGCCUACACGCCCAUGCCAGGACUCGGUUCCUCUUCACUCAUCUCUGACCCCACGUCCACUGCCUCGUCCUCCAAUCUCACUAUCCUAAGCAGCAUCGGAGGAACCAGAACAGGAGCUCUGAUCCUAACCUUCGCCUUCCUCAUCGGCGUUCCUGGCAACAUCUUCGUCAUCUGGAGCAUCUUGGCGCGAAUGCAACGCCGCUCGGUCACCACCACGCUUAUUCUCAACCUGGCCUGCGCUGACGGCAUGCUCAUGCUGCUCUCGCCGUUCUUCAUCAUCUACCUCUUCCAGCGGACCUGGAUCUUCGGCCUGGCCAUGUGCAAGGUCCUGUAUUACUUCUGCUGCGCCAACAUGUACGCCUCCAUCUUCCUGAUCACACUGAUGAGCCUGCACAGACUGGUGGCCGUGGUGUGUCCGCAGCGUCUCGCCGCCUUCAGCAUGCGCAAGACUGUAAUCCGGACUCUUUUGAUGAUCUGGAUCCUGGCUUUGGCUCUGGCUGUGCCCGUUUUGGUGUUUAGAGAUGUCAAAACCAUAAACAGCACAAUUGUGUGUGACUGUAUACACUCCGAGCACAAAUAUGCGGUGAUGCAGUACUCUAUGGAGACGGUCCUGGGCUUCUUGCUGCCGUACAGCUUGAUUCUGGUCAGUUAUAUACGAGUUCUUCUCAGGAUUCGCCGCACACGCUUUCAGAGACGCAUUCGCAGCGAGAAACUCAUUCUGAUCAUCGUGGUUACCUUCGCACUCUUUUGGCUGCCGUACCAUCUCGUCAACAUGCUGCAGGUGACUGAAGAGUUGCCUCAGAGCAAAACCAGAAAAAUACGUGAAGUCCGGACGUUGAUGAGACCCUUCACCGCUGCAGUGGCCUUCAUCAGCAGCUGCAUUAACCCCAUCCUGUACAUGUGUGUAGGAAAGGCGUACAUGCGCCGGGCGGGUCUGGGCUUCAUGGCUCGUCUCUUCGAGGCCACAGGACGUGAUUCAGCAUCUCGUAAAUCUCAGAACCAGCAGAAUGAGAUGAGAGAAAACGAAGGAUUGCGUGACAAGGAGUCUGAAUCCACGAUAAGCGCAAGCACCUGCGUUAACGCCAAAGGGGCGAGCAUACAAAAUGGGAAACAGUGAGGUAUGAAACCUCCAGGAUAAAAAAAAAGAGGAAAAAAAAGUUUCAAAGCACAUCCUAUGAGGUCAUGAGGAGUUUUAUUCUGAUAUCACAGAGCGACUGGCUGGAUCAGGCGAAGACUGCCUCCCAGUGAAAGCUCCUGCUUCGUUGCUUCAGGGUUUCACUGGACCGCUGAUCUCUCACAGUUCACUUCUCUGUCCAUCAGGUGGCAACAAAAACCUUUCUUUCGCUUGUCACUCAAGUUAAGUGGAUCAGCAAAGAGCUGAAAUUCCUGAUGCUCUGGAUAAAUGCUGUAUUUCAAUCCAAAACAUCUGAUUUCAGCACACUUUGGGAUUAAAUUUACCUUUUUUUCAUUUCACACUACUAGAUUUCAUCUUUCAAUGAUUUAGAAAAAAAACUGAACUGCAUUACAGCUGAAUUACAAACUGUAUUCUCACCAGUGGAAAAUAUGGAAUCCCAAAAUAUCACUAAUAGUCACAAAACAUACAGGUGAGAGCAAAAGUUUGUGUACCCUUGGGACAAAAAGAUGAAGAGAAGACAAUUUAUAGCACUUAGAAAGAGUGAGUAAAAGUCAUCAGUGUAAAAUUUCUCAAUUUGAAAUAAAUAUUCUCAAACAUUAUGAAUAUCAAUAUAAGUAAGCGGUGGUUAGCAAAGUAAGCAGUGGUUAGUACCUACCAAAAGUGGUCCAAGGAAGGACAACUGGAGAGCCAGAGACAGGGUCAUGGGCACCCAAGGCUCAUUGAUGGGUGUUACCACAGAUACCACAGCAUAGCUUCAGAGGUCUAGUGGGGUCCAUGCCUCGAUGAGUCAGAGCUGUUUUUGCUACACAAUAUUAGGUAGGUGGUUUUAAUGUUAUGCCUGAUCAGUGUAUAUAUACUGGCCACUUUAAUAGGAACUUUAAUAGGAUGAAGAUUGUUUGAUUGAAAAGAUCAUCUGGUCUUUUUCCAAUCUUCACUUUCCAGUUUCAAUGAUCCCGUGCCCUCUAUAGCCCAGAUUCCUGUUCUUGGCUGACAGGACAGUAACCCGAUGUGGUCUUUUGCUGUUGUAGGCAAUCUGCCUCAAAGUGCGAUGUAUUGCGAUGCUUUUCUGCUCACCGUGGUUGUACAGAGUGAUUAUUUGUGUUACCAUAGACUUCCUGUCAGCUCGAACCAGUCUAGCCAUGCUCAUCUAAUCCACUCUCAUCAACGAGGCAUUUCAGAUCAACAGUUUCUGUGUCAUGUAAAGAUGCAUUGAGCUGCUGUCACAUGAUUGGCUGAUUGGAUAAUUGCAUGAAUGCAUGAAAGUGGCUGGUGAGUGUUUUUUCCAGGGAGUCACACAAUUAAAUGAAAUCUACAUAAAAUGUAGAUAUUCUAUAUAUUCCAUAUAAUAUACAGUAUUGCUAUUUUAGCCAGAGAGAAAAAUUUAAUUUAAUUAUUUCUUAAUGUCUCUAAACCAUCAAUAAAUAUAAUAAAUUAAAUGUAAAAUUGUAUUACUAAUUACUAAUUGAUUAAUAAUUUAAUGACUAGUUUUAUUGUCUACUUUCCCCAUUCUCCUCACCACAUAUAAGGUAAUGAGGGGGCGUGGCCAAAAUCGUGGGCUGGAAGGAAAAAAUUUUUAUUAAAUGAUAUAUAAAGGAAUAACGCCAUUUUAUUUUAUUGAGGAUUUGAAUGAUUAAAACAAAAGAAAAUUUAUUUUAUAUAAUUUUAUAAUUUUAUUUUGAUAAUUUAAAUUAUUUAAUUAAUUUUGGACUUGUCAGAUCAUCAGUCUGUUAGUGACAGGUUGUUUUUAGGAUUUGAUAAUAAAAAUCUGGGCAAAAAAGUUCUUUCUCGCUCAUUCUCGGAUUCUCAAGUCUGAUUGAGUUUGAGCAGUAUGAUAUAAUUGACGUUAGAAAAAUGACAUUAUGAAUGAUGUUAUAAAUGAUGCUGUAAAUGAUGAUAUAAAGUGGACUCAGUGAGAAGAGUGAAAUUAGUGACGUUGUUGCUGAAGUACGAAGAUUUAUGUGUAAAGAUUUUUUAAUACAUUUAUUACUGUAAAAAUAACAGAAUAUUUCACUGACUUGUAUUUCUAUAAUGUGUGUGUGUGUGUGUGUGUGUGUGAGCCAAUAAAAAUGCCGUAAAACUCUAAAUGUGUUUUAUAAAGAAAAGUGAAAAAAAGAAAAAAGCAGAUGUUAUGUUUUGCAAUUCGUGCGAGUCAGGACAGAACCACGGAUGCUCUGAUGAGUGAGCAACUGUCCAGGAAGUGAAAUAUUUCUGCAUGUGUGUGCAAUACAGGAGAGCUCAAGAGAAGAAGAGAAGAGGAAGUAAAUGUACGCUGAGUGCAUGAGUUCACAACAGAAUUUCAACAUACAGAAAGAAGAUGCAAAUCCUCAGUGUCAGCAGAGAGAGA